UAAACCAACACGGACAUGAGUCAAAACACCAGUUGAUAGCUUCAGCUCCUGAAAUAAUUUUUCAACUGGUGUAAACACAUGUUUUGCAGUGGUGAUGAAUAUGCCACAAAAUGUUUUGUUUGUUAUUGUAAAGAAAAAAUACUUUUGCAAAAUUGGGGCGAGUUAGCGAACUAGUCGGCGAGAGAGCCAUUCAUGACAGCAAGCUAACUGCUAGUAAGCAAGCUCUAGCUAGCUAACGUUAGCUAUCAGUGUAGCUAGUGCAAGAGUCAGAGGAUUCAUUCAAACGCUGUUGUCAAGAAAACGUGUAUCCUUUCAUAUCAUAGUAGUCAGCUAGCAAGCCAGCCAGUCAGCAAAAUGAGGAUACGUUCGUCUGUUUUUGCCUGUUUUUGUCUCAUACUGGAGGUAUUAGGCAUUGCCUUGUUUCUUAGGGGAUUUUUCCCAGUCCCUAUCAAAUCUUCUUUUUCAUCGAAGAGCAAGUUGUCAGAUGUUCCGCCUGAACCCUUUACCGGAAGAUCCCUCAACUCCUCCAAAGUCCCGGACGCCCUUUUCAAGAGAGUAGUGAUAGUGUUGAUCGAUGCUCUCAGGGAGGACUUUGUGUUUGGUCCAAAUGGGAGAAAAUACAUGCCUUACAUCAGGCACUUGGUGGAGAGGGGCUCCACACACAGCUUUGUGGCCAAGGCAAGACCUCCUACAGUUACAAUGCCCAGAAUCAAGGCCCUGACCACAGGUAGUAUCCCAGGCUUCAUCGACGUGGUGAUGAACCUGAACUCUCCAGCGCUGCUGGAGGACAACCUCAUCUGGCAGGCCAAGGCAGCGGGCAAGCGGAUGGUGUUCUACGGGGAUGACACCUGGGUGAAGCUCUUCCCCAAGCACUUCAUGGAGUACGAUGGCACGACCUCUUUCUUCGUGUCCGACUACACCGAGGUUGACAACAACGUGACGCGUCACCUGGACAGCACCCUGAAGAGAGACGACUGGGACAUUCUGAUCUUGCACUACCUGGGCCUGGACCACAUCGGCCACAUCAGUGGACCCCACAGCUCCCUCAUCCAGCCCAAACUAAUGGAGAUGGAUGACAUCCUCAAGAAGAUUCAUGGCUCCCUCAUCUUAAAGGAGGCAGAGGGGGCGCUGCCCUACCUGCUGGUGCUGUGUGGGGACCACGGGAUGUCCGAGACGGGCAGCCACGGGGGCUCGUCUGAGCAUGAGGUCAAUACACCCCUGGUGCUCAUCAGCCCCGCCUUCAAGAAGAAAGUAGGGAUGGAGAAACCAUCAACAGUAGAGCAGGUGGACCUGACCCCGACCCUGGCUCUUGGUCUGGGCCUGCCCAUCUCCCAGAACAGUGUGGGCCGACUCAUUCAGCCCGUGGUUGACGAGGCCUCGCUCAGGGACCAGUUGCGCUUUCUGCACCUCAACGGCCACCAGCUGAGCUACCUGCUGAAGGACAGCAUGCCAGCCUAUGAGAAAGAGGAGGGCUAUGAGCAGUUCCGUGUGGCAGAGAAGUCCCAUGGUAACUGGGUGAAGCUGGUGGUGGAGGGCAACACAUCAGAGGUGCUGACCAACAUGGGGAAGAAGGUGUUCAAGCAGUACCUGGAGGCCCUCAGGGCCAUGAGCGAAGCCCUCAGCAAGCAGCUGGGCAAAUAUGACAUAUAUUCCAUGGUGGUGGGCAUGGUCCUUGUCUUCCAGCUCCUUCUCCUCCUGCUGCUGGCCAUGCCCGAGGCACUGAGCAGUGCCUCAGAGGUGGAUCUCCCUGUGUCCUCUGCUCUGCUCUCGCUGCCCUUCUACCUGCUGUGCUUGCUCCUCUCCUCCGUGCACGUGCUGGUGUGCACCUCGGCCGAAAGCUCCUGUUACUUCUGCAGCCUCUCCUGGGGACUGGUGUUCGGGGCAGUGGCCCUCUCCUCAGCCCUGCUCUGCAUCCUGGUAUCCAUGGCAGCCAGGAGGGGAGCAAAGCCCCCUGGGAAGUCUCCAUCCCAUGGUGGUGUCAGUGGUGGGUGGUCUCUGUCGGAGCUGGACAUUCUUCUCCUGGCGGGCACGGCUGGCCACACCCUCAGCCUGUCGGCCAGCAGCUUCGUGGAGGAGGAGCACCAGGUCUGGUACUUCCUGCUUAACACCCUCUGCCUGGUAGUCUUACAAGACGUCUGUCGCAAGUACUUCCGGGAGCGCCGUGCCAACUUUGGGAGCUUGGAGGACGAAGACUACCUCCUCCCCUCCAAUGAGGGGGACGCGGUUGCCUCACCGUUAGCUGAUUUGGGGGUGAUGGAUGCAGGUUCGGAGAAGUGGCUGGCCCUGGCUACCCCACUGCUCACCCUGGCGUGUUGUCGUCUGCUGCGCUCGCUCAACCAGACCGGGGUGCAGUGGGCUCACCUGCCUGACCUGGGACACUGGCUCAACAGCUUCGAACACAAGAUGGUGCUAUCCUUGUUCGCCGCCUUGUCAUUGGCUCUGAUCUACUUCCUGGUCCAGCGGAGAUGUUCCUGGGUGUCCAAGAUUGCCCUGGCCCUUGGCCUUCUGGGUGUAUACAGCUACCGGGCGGCGGUGGGCAACGUUGUGUUUCCGUGGCAACAUGGUGGUGGAAACAUGUCCAAGGGGACCGUGGAGGCACGCUUUGUGUAUGUUUUCGUCCUGGGCAUCCUCUUCACGGGCUCCAAGGACCUGUUGCGGUCCCAGGUCAUCACAGCCGAUGCCAGGCUGAAGAGCAGGGGCUUAUGGGAAAUCUACAGUGGUGUGGUUCUGUUGGUGGCCCUGUUGUUCCGAGCCCACAAUCUGCCGGUGCUGUGCUGCUGUUUGCUGGUCCAGACUUUGAUGGCCCAGUUCAUCUGGAAGAAGCUCCACUACGACGCUGCACAGACCACCAUCAUGCACUACUGGUUUGGACAGGCCUUCUUCUACUUCCAGGGGAACUCCAACAGCAUUGCCACGGUUGACAUCUCGGUGGGCUUCGUGGGACUGGAGAGCUACGUAGAGGCCCCGGCUUUCUUCCUCACCGCCCUCAGCACGUAUGCCGGGCCCCUGCUCUGGGCUGCCCACCUGGUUUGCUACCUCAGCUCAGAGAAGAGGAGCUCAGUGGCAGUCGGCCAUGGAUGCUACUGCUUGGCCCUUUUGCGGUCCGUGCCAGCGGCGGCCUACGUGGUGUUGGUCACGGCCCUGCGCUACCACCUCUUCAUCUGGAGCGUCUUCUCACCCAAGCUGCUGUAUGAGUCCAUGCACACACUGCUCACCGCUGCAAUUUGCCUCUUCUUCACCACCAUGGAGCAGAGCCGCAGGCCCUAGGGAGCCCACGGCCCCUGAGGGCUCUCAACUUUCAGGAAGGGGUUAAGGAGAAGGGCAAAGCCUCAUGGGUAAUGGUGGUCCUGAUACUGUCCUAGUUGACUUCUGGAUGCCCCACUCCUACACUCUGAAGGAGAAGGUGGGAAUGUACUGUCCACUGCACUGGACUUCUAGGACUGCAGCAUUCACUUGAGUGGCAGGUAGCCUAAUGUUUAAGAGCGUUGGGCCAGUAACCGAAAGGUUGCUGGUUUGAAUCCCUGAGCAGACUAGCUGAAAAAUCUGUCGAUGUACCCUUCAGCAAGGCACUUAACCCUAAUUGCUCCUGUAAGUGGCUCUGGAUAAGAGUGUCUGCUAAAUUAAUACAAAAAUGUCCAAAUUCACCUUUUGGUACGCAAUAUCUUUUCUCAGAUGGAACUUUGUCUCUUGUAUGGACUAAAGCACAACUUUUUUAGUAAGAUUAAGAUAUUUUAAGGUGGUGGGUUCUACUGAAGUCUGUUCAGGUAUUUAUUGAGCAGGGCUGAAAAUGGGUAAUGGAGUAAAUUUGAUAAAUUAUUUCAUUUGAACGUGUCAAAGCACAAUCUCUUGAAAAUGGAUUUGUAUUCCUUCCUUUUGUUGUGUUAUUGUUUGUUUUGUUUCUGUAGACUAGUAAGUUCUUCUUUUGACCCCCGGCUCUGUGGUGCUCUAUCCCAGUAGAGUAGUAAGUUCUUCUAUUGACCACCGGCUCUGUAGUGCUCUAUCCCAGUAGAGUAGUAAGUUCUUCUAUUGACCCCCAGUUCUGUAGUGCUCUAUCCCAGUAGAGUAGUAGGUUCUUCUAUUGACCACCGGCUCUGUAGUGCUCUAUCCCAGUAGAGUAGUAAGUUCUUCUAUUGACCACCGGCUCUGUGGUGCUCUAUCCCAGUAGAGUAGUAAGUUCUUCUAUUGACCACCGGCUCUGUAGUGCUCUAUCCCAGUAGAGUAGUAAGUUCUUCUAUUGACCACCGGCUCUGUGGUGCUCUAUCCCAGUAGAGUAGUAAGUUCUUCUAUUGACCCCCGGCUCUGUAGUGCUCUAUCCCAGUAGAGUAGUAAGUUCUUCUAUUGACCCCCGGCUCUGUGGUGCUCUAUCCCAGUAGAGUAGUAAGUUCUUCUAUUGACCCCCGGCUCUGUAGUGCUCUAUCCCAGUAGAGUAGUAAGUUCUUCUAUUGACCACCGGCUCUGUAGUGCUCUAUCCCAGUAGAGUAGUAAGUUCUUCUAUUGACCCCCGGCUCUGUAGUGCUCUAUCCCAGUAGAGUAGUAAGUUCUUCUAUUGACCACCGGCUCUGUAGUGCUCUAUCCCAGUUGCAUUAUAUUUCUAAUAGUCCUCCAUACACUUAUAUCAAUUAUAUAGGUUAUAUAAAUGAUAUACUGUAGAUGUGUUCCAAGCUGAUAGCAAGCCAUACUUCCCUCCCACUUCCUGCCAUAGGAUACACAGGUCGUAAGCUGUUUAUUUUAAUUAAACAUUUUUAUUUAAACUUUAUUCAACUAUUUCAUACCCUAAAUUAAUAUGCAUACUUUUAGUUGUGUGUGUGUGGAUAUAUAUAUAUAUAUAUGUAUGUAUAAAUAUAUAUAUAUAUAUGUGUGUAUGUAUACAUAUAUAUGUGUGUAUGUAUACAUAUAUAUGUGUGUAUGUAUACAUAUAUAUGUGUGUAUAUAUAGAUAUAUAUGUGUGUGUAUAGAUAUAUAUAUAGAUAUAUAUAUAUAUAUAUAUAUAUAUAUAUAUAGGCAGUAAAAAUUGUAAAAAAAUUCCCUGUCUUAGGUCAGUUAGGAUCACCACUUUAUUUUAAGAAUGUGAAAUGUCAGAAUAAUAGUAGAGAGAAUGAUUUAUUUCAGCUUUCUUCACGUUCCCAGUGGGUCAGAAAUGUACAUACACAACUCAUAGUAUUUGGUAGCAUUGCCUUUACAUUUUUUAACUUGAGUCAAACGUUUCGUGUAACCUUCCACAAGCUUCUCACAAUAAAUUGGGUGAAUUUUGGCCCAUUCCUCCUGACAGAGCUGGUGUAACUGAGUCCGGUUUGUAGGCCUCCUUGCUCGCACACGCUUUUUCAGUUCUGCCCACAAAUGUUCUAUAGGAUUGAGGUCAGGGCUUUGUGAUGGCCACUCCAAUACCUUGACUUUGUUGUCCUUACGCCGUUUUGCCACAAAUUUGUAAGUAUGCUUGGGGUCAUUGUCCAUUUGGAAAACCCAUUUGUGACCAAGCUGAUGUCUUGAGAUGUUGUUUCAAUAUAUCCACAUAAUUUCCCUUCCUCAUGAUGCCAUCUAUUUUGUGAAGUACACCAGUCCCUCCUGCAGCAUAGCACCCCCACAACAUGAUGCUGCCCCCCCCCCCAUAAAACUUCUGACCCACUGGAAUUGUGAUACAGUGAAAUAAUCUGUCUGUAAACAAUUGUUGGAAAAAUUACUUGUCAUGCACGAAGUAGAUGUCCUAACCGACUUGCUAAAAUUGUAAUUUGUUAACAAGAAAUUUGUGGAGUGGUUGAAAAACACAUUUUAAUGACUCCAACGUAAGUGUAUGAAAACAGUCAUUAAACUUGUUGUAGACCACCACGAGUCAUUAACUGACCUAAAACAGGGCAUUUUUACUAGGAUUAAAUGUCAGGAAUUGUUCAAAACUGAGUUUAAAUGUAGUUGUAUGUUUAUGUCAAAUGUUUUACUCGGGGAAUAUAUAGAAAUGCAGUGAAAGCUUUGUGAAUACAGUGGAUCAUUACUAGUAUACAGAUGACAAUUGAUUCACUUGGUGAAUGUUGUUAAUCUAAAGAUAGUUUUGAUUCACCUGCUGUGUGGAGAAAAAGCUUAAUUCUUGGGUUAUAUUUUCCAUCUAAAAGCAGUUCAUUUUUAUAAAUACAUUUUUGUUUGAAGCCAUAUUUCUCUUCUAUUUCUGUAUUGCUCAUUUGAUUUCUAAUCUAAAAAUGUGUUCCAAUCCACAAUUUAAUGUCUUCUACUUCUGCCAGAACUGUGAAACCUAAUCAUUGGCAAUUGGGAGCCCUUGCCCUAACACGCUAAUCAAAUUAGAUUACAAAAUGAACUAAUAAAUUGCUUACUUAAAUUAAAA